AUGGUCAGCUCUCGAGACAAGCUGGUAGGCAAGAAGAUCGUGGUGGUUGGCGGCUCUUCAGGCAUCGGACAUGGAGCAGCCAUAGCCUUUCUCGAGCACGGCGCACAUGUAAUUAUCAUUUCCUCUUCGGAGGCGAAGGUCAAGACUGUGACCAGCGACGUGGAUGAUCCACACUUUACUGGCAAGGUCGGCAAUGUGCGAGACGAAGAGAGCUUCAUUGCAGUCCUCCGCUCGCUAGCACCGAUCGACCAUCUCGUCUUUUCUGGAGUUGAUAAGGUAAGCACAGUAACUUUGUGGAAAGCAAUCGUUGGCGUUCCCAAACGUCAGCUUGUGAGAGGGUCAAUAGCCGACGCAGAUUUCGACCAAUGCAAACACCUCUUCGGGGUCAAGUUCUGGGGUGCGGCAACGUGCGGCAAGGCUGUGGCAAAAUACGACAUCAUCUCACCAGGUGGCUCCUUGACCCUUACAUCCGGGACUGGUGCCAUGAAUCCUGGCAAGACUGCUUCAAUUGGUGGUGCUUUGAAUGCCGGUCUGUUUACGAUGACCCAAGGUCUUGCAAAUGAGCUUGCCGAGAAGCGAAUUCGUGUCAAUUGUGUCGUGCCUGGAAUGGUUGCGACAGAGCUGUGGGACAAGAUGGGCAAGACGAAGGAAGAUCAGGAAAAAGAUUUUGCAGCUUUUGGCAACGCACUCCCAGUCGGGUUUUGUGCUACAUCAGAGCAUAUCGCGGAAGCAUAUCUGUAUGCUGUGAGGGCUGAUUAUGCUACCGGCAGUCUGAUCACUAUUGACGGUGGAGGUGUUCUCAGAUGA